UUCUCGGACGGCGACUCGGCCUACGGAUCCCUCGCCGGAUCCAGCCGCACCGGCUCCAUAACAUCGUCCAUCACAAACUACGUCUACGAGAACGGCCGGCGGUACCACGCCUACCGGUCCGGGCAAUACGUGCUCCCCAACGACGAGGCCGAGCAGGAGCGGCUCGACCUGCAGCACCACAUCUGGCGCCUGCUCCUGCAGGGUGCGCUCUACACGGCCCCGCUCAAGAUCCCGCACCCCGCCGGCGAGGAGCGCAGCACCGAGAUGGGCGGCGGCGGCGCCGAGUUCCGCAUCCUCGACCUCGGCUGCGGCACGGGGAUAUGGGCCAUCGAUAUGGCAGACGAGUUCCCCCGCGCGUCCGUGUUCGGCGUCGACCUCUCGCCCAUCCAGCCCGAGUGGGUGCCGGGCAACUGCCGGUUUCACGUCGAUGAUUACGAGGAUGAGUGGACGUACCGCGAGGAUGAGAAAUUUGACUAUAUCCAUGGCCGCGCGCUAUCGGGCACCGUGGCAGACUGGGGGAACUUCUACCGCCAGGUGCGGCAGCACCUGAAGCCCGGGGGCUGGUGCGAGAUGCAGGAGUACGACGCGUGGAUAUUCAGUGACGAUGACAGCUUUGAGAGGGCCUUGUGGACCAAGGAGUGGGUGCAGAAGCUGGACGACGCUUCCAAGAUGUACGGAAAGCAGAUCAACGUGGCCAAGAAGCACAAGCAGUGGAUGAUUGAUGCCGGAUUCGAGGACGUACAGGAAAAGAUCAUCAGGAUACCCAUCGGUCCCUGGGCCAAGGACCCAGCGCUCAAGGAGCUCGGCCGCUUCGAGCAGAUGCACAUGCAGAUGUCGGUGGCCUCGCACACGCCCGCCCUGUUCACGCGGGUUUGGAACUACUCCGAGCAGCAGGUGCAGCUGCUGAUCGAGGGCGUCAAACGCGAGUUCCGAAGCAGGGACCUGCGCCUCAUCACCAGCUACCGCUUCAUCAUAGGCAAGAGCCCGGGGCCUCCUUCGCAGGUUCAAUGA